UAAAAACCUCAUGCUCAAAAUCAACCGCAAAAUAAAACCCUAAUACUAUAAGCUCUAUCAGUUUGUGUUCUUCUCAUUUUGUUUUGGGCAAAGAAGCAGCCAUGGCAGGCGGCAAAAUCAAGAAGGAGAAGCCAAAGCAGUCAUCAAAUCACUACCAAGGAGGUAUAUCUUUUCACAAAUCAAAGGGUCAGCAUAUCCUUAAAAAUCCCUUACUGGUGGACACUAUAGUUCAAAAAUCAGGGAUCAAGAGCACCGAUGUUAUUCUUGAAAUCGGUCCCGGUACCGGAAAUCUCACCAAGAAGCUUCUAGAAGCUGGAAAAAUGGUUGUUGCCGUUGAGGUUGAUCCACGUAUGGUUCUCGAGCUUCAGCGCCGCUUUCAGGGCACCCCUUUCUCCACUCGAUUGAAGGUUAUUCAGGGUGAUGUGCUCAAGACUGAACUUCCCUAUUUUGACAUUUGUGUCGCGAACAUUCCUUAUCAGAUAUCAUCCCCUCUCACGUUUAAAUUACUAAGUCACCGACCUUCUUUUCGUUGUGCUAUUAUAAUGUUCCAGAGGGAAUUUGCUAUGCGACUUGUUGCUCAGCCAGGUGAUACUCUUUAUUGCCGUUUAUCAGUGAACACUCAAUUGUACGCCAGAGUAUCCCACCUAUUAAAAGUUGGAAAGAACAAUUUUAGGCCUCCGCCUAAGGUGGAUUCAUCUGUAGUUCGAAUUGAGCCAAGGAAACCACAUCCUCAAGUUAAUCCUAAAGAAUGGGAUGGAUUUAUAAGAAUAUGUUUCAUUAGAAAGAACAAGACGCUUGGUGCUAUUUUUAGGAUUAAAAAUGUAUUAUCAUUACUAGAGAAGAACUACAAGACUCUGCAGGCAUUACAAUCUUCUCAAAAUGGUUCCUUAGCGGGUGCUGAGGCGGCAGAUAUGGAUAUCUCAGCGCUGGGAGAUUAUAAGGAGGAUCAGAGUAUGGACUUGGAUGAUGGAAUGGACGACGAAAUGGAUGUCGAGGAUGGUGAUGCAGAUUCCGGGGUGUCGGAAUUCAAAGAAAAAGUUCUGGCUGUGUUGAAAGAGAAGAACUUUUCCGAUAAGAGAUCCUCUAAACUCACACAAGAAGAGUUCUUAUAUAUUCUCUCUCGGUUCAACAUGGCUGGCAUUCACUUCUCAUGAGUCAUGACUACAUUUUAUGUCCAUUGUUCUAUUUGUUCUUAUAAGUUUUGCCCAAUUUUGUUUUGCUUGGUUGAGAUCUUAUUAAUAGUAUCUAGUAAUGUGAUAAUUCUUAAAAAGAAUUCCAGAAUGGAAUAGCUUCUAUUGCCCAGAA